AUGUCGAAGCGAUUGGACCUGCUCCUGACGGGAUACCACAGCGGACCGAUGUCCAUGAUGACUGCGGCAUGCGAGCAGGAUGCCGGAGCUGUUCAAUACGUCGUCGUCAUCCCAGAUCCGCGGCCAUGUCCCCACAAAUAUGCGCCGGCAUCGACAGUUCCCAUGGUCUCGUGCGCGACGUUCUCCACGUUCGCCACUGCAGGGCUCCGACCUAACGUUAAUGCUUACAGAAUCUUGCAGCUAAAGUGGGUCACGGAGGAAAUUACAGUCUCGUCCCACCAACGGGAAAAUGUUACGAAAGGGGCGGCAGCGUGCACAGCGAAGUUGCGGCGUGGGUGA